UGGGGGUCAAGCCUCCAUUUUUGCCAAGGCGUCUGCAGCAGCUGUCCACUGGCAUGUCAGAGGGAGCGUCACUCACAGUGGUGAUACAGGGGUUCAGAAGUGAACCGAGGCGGCUCCGUGCAGUUUGAUCCAGGAAGGUUUACUCUCACCGUCUCCGGCCCAUCCAGGACCUGCAGCCCCACCAUGGCGGAUCAGUACCAGUACAACAGCAACGAGGAGAAGAUUGUGAAGGACAGCCACACCAAGGAGAUUGAUCUAAUUAACAGAGAUCCCAAGCAGAUCAAUGAGGACGUGGUGAAGGUGGACUUUGAGGAUGUCAUUGCAGAGCCUGACGGGACACACAGCCUGGAUGGGGUGUGGAAGCUCAGCUACACCACCUUUACUGUGUCCAAGUACUGGUGCUAUCGCAUCUUGUCAGCUGUCUUUGGCAUCCCUAUCGCUCUGCUCUGGGGCUUCCUGUUCGCAUGCAUCUCCUUCUGCCACAUCUGGGCUGUGGUUCCAUGCAUCAAGAGCUGUCUGAUUGAGUCGCAGUGCAUCGGCCGUAUCUACUCUCUCUGCAUCCAGACCUUCUGCGAUCCCUUCUUCGAAGCCCUGGGAAAGAUCUUCAGCAGUGUGCGCGUUGCACUGCGCAAAGAAGUCUAAGAACUCACACAGUAGUGUUUACAGUUUGAUCGGAUGAAGUGCAGUAUCUUUUUUUACACCAGAAGCUCAGUCCUGGCAUCUUGCUUACUCCCUGAUACUCCUCCUCCUUCCUUCAUAACAUGCCGUUCCCCACCCACACAUCCUCAAGCUCGGUCCUGAUAUGCCCUGUGUGCCUAUUGCCACCAGAAGCUCUGUGACAGCUGCAGCAGGCAGCGUGGUUCUGUGACAGCUCUGGCACUCCUGCAGGGCUCAGUGGUUCCUCACUGAGGAAGGAGAGGACUGCCGGCCAUGACGAGGAUCCGUCUUCCCUCAUUGAAGUGUAUCACAAAAGCCAAAGACAAUAGCUACUCCCUCACAACAAAUGCAAUAAACUCCCCAACACUGCUGCACCUGUGGACAAUGCUGCAUGUAUGCAUUACAUUUGGCCAUUCUUCAACAUUACAUGAUGCUGUAUGUCGCCGUGUCUGGUAUUGUUUAACUUUGUAUUGAGUUAAUUGGAUUUGAUAUAUUAACCUUAUUUGGAAAGCUCUAACAAAAAAAAGAAAGGAAUUGAAAAUGUUUUCUCUACAUAAUUCUUUUAAUUCUCUUUUUUGCUGACUCGCAGAUGUCAUUAAUAUGUUUGGAACCAACCGUGAAUAUAAUAUACUUCCUUUUAUCAGUCACAUAUGUGUAAACAGGUAUGGACCUAACUACUGAUGGAGUAAAGCAAAGAAUAAUUGUAUUGCUCCACAGUGUUAUUUUAAUUAUGUAGAAAAGUGUAAUACCUUUACGGCUAUAGUGUACUUGCAAUGAAGUAUACGUGAGCUGAAACUAAUCUAAAGACUCUUUACAAUUGAUGAAUCUGUCCUUAUACUAAUUAUAUUGCACCACUGGUUCAGUGUUUGAUUGGAAGUGUAUUAUGUGUGUUAUUUCAAUUCAUUGUGAGAGGCUGGAGAAAUACAUUUUUAAGAUUCACCAAACAUCUUAACUGCGUUUCAGUGAUAUUUUUGACAACUCCAGUCAACCGGGACGCAGUGACCUGGGAGCGGUGACCCACUAGAGGCUGCUGUUGUGUAUCUUUCAUAUGCAUCUCACAGGGUGUCAAUGUUUGUUCUUAACUUUCUGGCUGGAAAAUGCACAGCUAGAGUUUAGAAAGGCAGAAACCUCACACAGUGUUAAGAUUAAGAACAAGAGGGAUUUAUUUGACAAAACCUAAACAGAGACAGUGAAUAUGUAGAAUAAAAAUACAACCAACAUACAACAAUUUCACACUUUUAUUCAUGUAUUUAUCUAAUCUUGAAAAAAACGUGUGCAAUUACAAACAUACUGUAAACCUAAAUUGUCCUUCACACUUACGUUAUUUAAAACGAAACAUCAUCAUUAAUAAAUGAUAAAUAGAUAGUUAAUUAAACUUUAGUUAAUAGUUAUUAACAAUUAAAUUAGAAUAAAUAAUGUUUACGCAUUAUUAGUAAUGCUUUCAUUUUUGCACAUGUUAUAAAGUUUGAUAUAGGCCACUAGAUUAGGUUUUAGUUAAUGAUUACACCAUGAUUUGUAAAAAGUAAACAUAUAUAGAUAGAUGGAGCAGAUAUUUGUGAGCUUUGUUAAUGGUUUGUAAACCGUCUAUAAACAUUACUUGGAUAAAGUUGCAAUUGAAGAUUAUAAUACGUUGUUAAAUGGUUAAAGAUACCUUGUAAAGCAUCUAUAAACAUUAUUAGACAGAUAGUAAAUACUUUGUUAAUGGUUAAUAAUUGGUUUCUGGUCUGUUUAUCAACGUAAUGUUUAAAGAUGUUUUACAAACGUUUGCUCAAAGGUUGACAAAUCAUUUGACAAUCAUUAACAAAACAUUAUUAUAUAUUCUAACAUAUAUAUAUAAUAUUAUAGUUACAAUGUGUGGAACAAUAAACUGUUAAUACAGAGUAACUGUAAUCAAAUAAUGAUUAGAUAAUUGGUAAACAUUAUUAACUAUAAUUUCAUUGUUUGUUAAAAGUAAAAUAGCUAUUAACUAAAGUAUAAUUACCUUUUAAUAUAACAUGUAUUAAUAAUUAAAAGGCUUACCUUUGUAUCAAUUUGUAUCAAAUAUUGACCUUUUUUAACAUUUUCUCGUGAUACAAUAUUUUCCACUGGUGCACAAUUAUUUUAUUGAAGAUAACAUUAUUAUACAGGAAGUAAACUCCCUCUAAAUAUAUUCGUAAAUAGUUCUGGUUCAUUAAUAAAUCCUAGAAUCUACACAUUUUUUUAAUGAAAGCAACACCUACGCUGUGUAAUGCAGUUGAAUAUCACUGCAACAACUUACCUGUAUAAAGCGAGUAAUGAUAGUUCACUAGUGAUAGAUGAGGCUCUAGUUUGUGGUGUGUGUUACAUUAUAUUGUAAGUACAGUGUAAGUGGGAAAGAUGCAAAUUAUUAGGAUCAGAUGAAUUAUAGAGUUGAAAGCUGAACCUGUCUCUCAACAUGAAGUGAACAUCAUAAACGUCACUAAUGUAGUAUUUAUAUAUUUAUUUAUCAGA